AAAAAAUUGCAUUAGCCAACAUGAAUUUAAAUUAAAUUAGUAAUAAAUAUACAAACAUGCCCGGCCGUAGUAAAAGCAGCAGUCGCUCUAGGUACUCUAGAGCAGAUCAACAUGCACCAUCGCGUCCCCCUGCAGUAUUCGUUACACCAAUGCCACGGCGGUCGGUGUUUAGAGAUGCAGCAGCCGUGGCAGGUGGCGUCACUGUUGGUACUACUAUGGGACACUUAGCAGGAGAAGCCAUUUCGAGCUUAUUUACUGGUCGGCGAAGAGAAGAGGUGGAACGUUCACUUCCAAGUAAUUACCAACUGGGUACAGAGCCUAGCGGACCGUGUGCUUAUGAAAUAGCCCAAUUCUUGCAGUGCGCUUCAAGCCGCGACAAUUUGCAAGAAUGUGAAGCUUUUAAUGAGGCUCUUCGAGAAUGCAAGCGUCGAAAUCGUAUACCUUGAGCAGUCAGUAACAGAAAUCUAUCCGAUCAAAAUUAUCUAACAAUAAAUAAAAAUAACAUA